AACUCCUACUAAAUAAAAUGUAUGCAUUUGUUUAGACCAAAUGUUGCAUAUAUUCUUACAUCCGUAUUUGUAACUAUUUCCAGUUUUUAGUGGCUUAUAAACUAACUUGCCGCAAAUCAAUCUGUCUUUCAUAUACAGUUGCAGCAGGAAUUCCAUCUCUUAUUUCCUGAUGCAGCAGCUAGACUCAUUUCAACCUGGGAAACGCGGUUUUCCCCAUUCAUCCUGAAAGUAGGAGAAUUAUCCAGACUUCCUAAACUCCAAACACUGAUGGAUGAGAACAAGAAGACCAAGGAUGCACACAAUGGAACACCUGAUGCCCUGUUUGCUUACAAAGUACUGAUAUACCUUCUCCCAUCACACGCAGGGAAGAAAUCUUCAAUUUCAGAUGCUCUCUCAUACUUCAUGGUCACAAGACCGAACGGAACCGCUGUGGCGAGUUUUCUCGUUGAGAAAACGGAUCAAAAGAGAACCCAGCCGUACCUGCUUCGCAUAGGAGAUGGCUUCACAUCCCCGUCGACUUUCUUCAUCAUUGUUGAUGGGAAAGCCGUACCCUGCGAGAGUGAUGCUACUCAAGCAGUUGAUGCUCUAUUCAAGAGCCACUACAUUUUUAACAUUGAGUAUGCAGAUGAGCUGAAGGGAUUCUAUGCAUUCUUAGAGCACUUCGUGUAUGGAAUCGGGGUUUCUACUGAUCACAUUCCUGUCCGUGCACGUGAACUUAUGGCAAGCAUAACAGCAUUGGCUCGCACCCAAAGCCAUUAAUCAUUUCCAACUUCAACUGGAAGAACUGGACAUCGGUUUUCUUGCCUAUGUAUGGAGAAUCAUUACAUUUCAAAGUAAACCUUUCCCUAUUCGCAACCAUUUUUUAAUACAGGUAGUUCCUAGUCAAUGCAUCUGGGAGAGUAUUCCGUAUUCUAUCCUUGGAUUUAGUUGACGAAUACAGUAUGUAUCAAAUUAGGGCUUAUUUUAGGCCUGUAUGGUGUGAAAGUCUCAACAUGCUUUUGAUAUGGCUGUCAAUAGUUCCAUGGUAUAGAUCAUUCUAGUUUUUGAUUCAUGUGAAAAUGUCAGCAUACAUGGAUUUAUUCUGUUAAAUUUGUCUCGUAGUUCUGAAUACAUACACACCUGUAUAACAUUUGUCUGAAUUGUGUGUAAGUGGGGAAUCUUUAUCAUUGGAACCUGUGUAGUAUAGCAGUGUUUUAUACAUACAUGAAUAUUUGAUUCAACUGAUGACUGUAUAAUGUUUGGGUACAUCAGAUAAUAUUAUUCAUUGUGAAAUCCUGGGGACAUGCACAAUGAGCCAUUCCAACACCCUUUAUUAGUAGCUUUUUCUCAUAUUUUUCUUUUUAAGAAUUAAAGUAAUUUCUUGUCAGUGUGAAUUCCCCUUUAAGCAGUAGAUAACUGAGACUAUGGUAUGUAUUGUUGAAAUCUGUAUGUAUACAGUAUAUAAUUCCAUGUUCAGAACUUUUCUAUCUAGUUUCCAGAAAUGUAAAUUUUAUGACAUCUGCAACAGCUUAUACACAUUUUUAUUGGAUGCUUUUUUUUUUUUUUGCUUUAGUAAUUUCCCCCAUGGUUUCCCAUUCUCUCCAUUCCUUCACUCAGUCUUCUAGGAAGCAGAGUGGGUGGUUACCUAGAUAAUUGUAUGAUUCUGGUGUCUUUUGCUUUUGUCUUUUUUUUUUUUUUUUGGUUUGUUUUGUUUUGGGUUUUUUUUUUAUGGCAUCUCUUAAUAGUUUCCACCAUGGUUUCCCAUUCUCUCCAUUGUUUCAGUCUCCUAGCAAGCAGAAUGGGUGGUUACCUAGUGUACGAUCCUGGCGUCUCUUGCUGUUGUCUGUGUUUUGUUUUGUUUUUUUUUUUUUUUUUUUUUUUUUUUUUGGGGGGGGUUAGUAGUUUCCCCCAUGGUUUCCCAUUCUCUCCAUUGUUUCAGUCAU